GCUCCAUGUACUUUGUAUGCAGAGGUUAAGUUGAUUCAUAAACAUUGACAAGAAUCACUGUUUCAGAAAGGUAUCUCCCACAGUUUCCGAACUAUGGGGUUUGUUUCAGGUAUCGACAGAGCAAGAGGAUGAUUUCUAUCGUACUCUGUGCGCUGUGGUUCCUCAUUCCCACAACUGUCGGCUUUCCGUUUGGAGCCAGCUCUCAGUCAUGUGGAUCCAUGGAGCCAACAGGCCAUCCUGGAUCCAUUCAGACGUCACCCCCUCCCUACCAGCUGACAGUGAGCUACCCGGGCUUCUACGAUGGUUACAAGCUUAACGUUACACUUGAGACGCUGACCGACAGCAAGUUCCGUGGCUUCCUCCUGCAGGCCCGGUGUCUGACCUGCUCCAACACCACCGUGCCGGUCGGGACAUUCAGCAUCGUGCCGGACCAGAAGCCUGCUAAAAUCAUCACCUGCUUUGGUACAAAGGCCGCCAUGAGUCAUUCCUCCAGAAUAGACAAGGACAGACUCAUCGUGUCAUGGACACCGCCAGACAACUUUAAUCACAAUGUCAUAAUGAGAGCCACGUUUGUAAAAUCCACAGCCGUGUAUUGGGUGAAUGUCACUUCGCCCGUUCUCUACAGACUGAGUGGUCCACCGACGACACCUUCCACAUCAACUAGCACGACAACUACAACCACUACAACCACUACAACCACAACUACAACAACUACAACUCCGACCACAACAACUACCACUACAACCACCACAACGCCAACAACAACGACAACGACAACGCCAACAACAACAACAACGUCAACCACGACAACAACAACAACAACAACAACAACCACCACAACACCAACCACCACAACAACUACUACUACCACUACCAGUCCUUCUUCAACGACACAGAUAACUACGCUAGUAACACAACCUCCGACGACCACCUACCCCACCGCGGCGACUCUGGGAACCGACACAUCAAGGUCGUUGGAACCUCCACCCAUACCCACAACAACGUUAUGCCCAGGACGAAGCUCUUCAACAACAUCGACAGCAUCACUGACGCUUCUUGCCCUAGGGUUGUUUCUUCAGACUGCGCAUCAACGUAUCGCUUAACCAUAAACCUUGUAUAUGCCCAACAUAUGAAGUUCUACCAUUGCUUUGAACUGAAAGGAUAUUGAAAAUGUGUUAAGAUUAAUUCGAGACCAUUUCCAAUGUAUGACGGCAGACGCUAGAUAACAAAUUGGGCAUUUCUUAUUUGCAAAGGGGGUUUAUUCUGUACUUAUCUUCCAUGGUGAGUCAGACUCCAUUUCAUAAGUUCAAGUAACUUUGUUGUUAUAUAUAUCAUAACACAAGACACCCACAAAUCCACACCAAAGUAGUUUAUGGUCUUCACUGUUCAACUUUAUAAUACUUCAAUUGACGCCAUUAGUUUAAUCAUUGGAUGUAACACCAGCGUCAACUAUUCACGUCAUUUUCCGUCAUGAGUACUUUGCUUCAUGUCAUCCUGGUUGUAUAUAGAAGAGUUCAUGUAAGGGUACAUAUACGUGUCACCUUGUAAAAGAAAAACAGUGUAUCGUUGCAAACUGAAUAAAGUGUG